AUGCCACCUUCUGCUUGCCCUAGGCACUUUUCUACAGGCUCUGUCUUGCGACUAGAUUUUAAGAUGAACAGUGCCCGGGUUCGUCGCGCAUUCAUUGCUCUUGGGAGCAAUUUGGGUGACCGCGUUGAAAUGAUCGAAAAAGCCUGUCUGGAGAUGGAUCGGGCUGGUAUAAAAGUUAAAAGAACAAGUUCGCUAUUCGAGACUGCUCCAAUGUAUGUUCUUGACCAAGCCCCAUUCAUGAAUGGAGUGUGCGAGGUCGAGACUACUCUUGGACCAAUAGAGCUUUUGGAUGCUCUCCAGUCCAUUGAAAAUACUUUGGGCCGAAUCAAACUGAUUGAUAAAGGCCCGCGCUCGAUUGAUCUGGACAUUUUGCUCUUCGAUCAAGAAGUAUUCUCACAUGAGCGGCUUGAUAUCCCACAUAAACUCAUGCUUGAACGGGACUUUGUUCUUCGGCCGUUGUGUCAACUCAUUCCUCAUGAGCAUCCUCCGCAGCUUGAGAAAAAGACAAGAACAUACCAAGAGCAUCUACAAACUCUUCCACCACCAGAGCCGACGCCUGUCUCGACCACUCCAAUUGCGCCGUAUUUUCCAUCUCUCCAUGCAACGGACCCCACUCGGACCACUCAUGUAAUGGCUAUCCUUAACCUUACUCCGGAUUCCUUCUCAGACGGCGGUAAACAUUCUCCAACCGACUUGACUCAGCUCACAGAGACCGUCCGAAAGUUCAUUGCCCAAGGUGCAACAAUUAUUGAUGUUGGCGGCGAAAGCACUCGCCCCGGUUCAGUACCAGUCGGCGCCGACGAAGAGAUCGCCCGAGUAGUGCCAGCUAUCAAGCAUAUCCGCACGUCGAUCCCUGAAGCAGCGAACACUGCCAUCAGCAUUGACACAUACCGCGCGUCGGUCGCCGAGGCAGCCUGCACUGCUGGCGCCGACAUCAUCAACGAUGUAUCCGCCGGUCUAAUGGACCCUGAGAUGCUGCCCACCGCAGCACGGCUCGGAAAAUCCAUCAUCCUCAUGCACAUGCGCGGAACUCCACAGACCAUGACAAAGUUAACAGAGUACCCUAGUGGGGUUAUUCCCGAAGUCAGCGCCGAGCUUCGCAGCCGUGUCGCCGCGGCCGAAGCCGCAGGGAUCCGUCGAUGGCGCAUUAUUCUUGACCCGGGACUCGGCUUCGCCAAAAACCAGCCUCACGAUCUGAAAAUCCUUCGUGAUCUACAUAAGCUCCGGGGAGCAGAAGGUCUUGAGUGUCUACCGUGGCUGAUGGGGCCGAGUCGCAAACGGUUCAUUGGCCAUCUUACCGGGGUGAAGACACCCGCGGAGCGUGUCUGGGGUACUGGGGCUACUGUGUCAGCGAGUGUUGCUGGAGGCGCAGAUAUCGUCCGUGUUCAUGACGUGCACGAAAUGUGGCAGGUUGUCAGAGUAGCAGACGCGAUAUAUCGCACACAAUAG